AUGACGCUUGCCGAUAUUUCUAAACAUUGUCACAACAUAACCAGCAGUUAUUUGGCUGUCACAAACGGUUCAGAACUCGUGGAAUCAACUAAAGAUGCUAUACGCUUGACCCGAUAUCAUUUGCUAGAAGAAGUGUUCCGUCGGUGGGAUCCGUUUGGAAAUCAACUAUCAUUCUCAUACAAUGGUGGUAAAGAUUGUCAAGUUCUUCUUAUUCUCUACUUAUCAUGUCUCUGGGAGUUCUUUAUCACCAAAUCCAGAAGCUCGCAGUACGAUUCACAAUACCACCAUUUCCCACUGCGAUCGUUGCCAACAGUGUACAUCAAUCAAGCUGAAACAUUCAACACACUUGAGCAGUCGAUCGAGUCAGCUCGGGAACGAUACUUUCUAUCCAUUUACGAAUCGCCUCAGAAUCAAACCAGCAUGCCAGAGGCAUUUGAAAACUACCUGAAAGUACACUCCACAGCAGAGGCUAUUGUGAUAGGAAUACGAUACACAGAUCCAUUUGGGGCCGAUCUGCGGUGUAUCCAGGAAACAGACAGCGGCUGGCCUCAAUUUAUGAGAGUACAGCCUUUGUUGCAUUGGACUCUGGCUAAUGUGUGGAGCAUACUGUUAUAUUCUAACGAAGAGAUAUGUGGUCUAUAUGAAAGGGGAUUCACAUCGAUAGGAGGUAUAAACUCUACGGUGCCGAACCCUGCAUUAAAGAUCAACGAUGAUGCAAACAUUCCAGCCUUCAAAAACUCGUUUGAGUGGGAAAUCGCCAACGCCUACGGAAAGCAGAUGCCGUCCGACAAAGUCAAAGUGUCAAAACUCACAGACGCUGACGAAGCGUUGUUGCAAGGUACCGGACAACUGGGAUUCUAUCCUGGAUGGUUCUUGACCGAUGACUCGCUUGAACGAGCCGGCAGAAUACGCAGAUGA